GACCGAACCGGGCGGACCCGAGAGCCGAAGCGACGCACGGAGGCGCAGCGGAGGCGCACAGAGCGGAGUCUGGGCUCCGGGAGGGGAAGACCCGAAAGUUUUCAGCAAAGAACUCCCGGUGUCUCUGGUGGAGCUGCAACACAUGAGACAAAGAGUACAUUUGCCACUGUAGCUCCACACCGACCGGCUCGCCGUCCUCCAUCCCGCAGACGUCCAGGAGGGAGACCAUGGACUGAAACUCGCGGAUCUGCUACCUUCUUCUGCGCCGGGGAGUCGCGCUGUCAACACAUGAGUUGGAUCGACCGGACGCGCGGCUUCCACACAGUAAAUCCUCGGGGAUUAAAAUAACGAGGGCGAUGGAUAAUUUCUUCACGGAGGGUGACCGGGUGUGGUUACGAGAGGAUGAACAGUACCUUCCCAGCACCGUGUCCUCUUGCUCCGGAGGUGUUGUUGUCUUUGCCACAGACUACGGCCAGGUGUACACCUACAAGCAGAAUGCACUCACCAGGCAGAAGGUGCAGCCCAUGCACCACAGCAGCAUCAGAGGGGUGGAGGACAUGGCCACGCUGGAGGACCUUCACGACGGUGCCAUCAUGCACAACCUCUUCCUGCGCUACCAGCAGAGACACAUCUACACGUACAUCGGCUCCAUCCUGGCGGCGGUCAACCCUUACCAGCCGCUGCCCGGCCUGUACGACCGGCCGGCCGUGGAGCUGUACAGCCGACGCCACCUCGGCGAGAUCGCGCCGCACAUCUUCGCCAUCGCCAACGAGUGCUACCGCUCGCUGUGGAAGAGGCUCCAGAACCAGUGUGUCCUGAUCAGUGGAGAAAGCGGAGCGGGGAAAACAGAAAGCACCAAGCUAAUCCUGAAGUUCCUGUCGGCUAUGAGUCAGCACUCCCUGGAGGCGUCGUCCAGAGACAGGACGUCACAUGUGGAGGAGGCUCUUCUGGAGAGCAGUCCCAUCAUGGAGGCCUUUGGAAACGCCAAGACCGUCUACAACAACAACUCCAGCCGCUUCGGGAAGUUUGUCCAGCUGCAUUUCAGCCAGAAGGGCAACAUCCAGGGCGGCAGAAUCGUUGACUACCUCUUAGAAAAGAACCGUGUGGUCCGGCAGAACCCAGGGGAGAGGAACUACCACAUUUUCUAUGCCCUGUUGGCAGGAACCAACAACCAGCAGAGAGAGGCGUUCGGGCUGACCCACCCCGACGGCUACCACUACCUGAGGCAGUCCGGCUGCGUCGCCGACAAGACCAUCAGCGACACGGGCACUUUUCAGGAUGUUCUGAAUGCCAUGCGAACAAUGCAGUUCACAGAGGAGAACAUCGGGGAGAUCCUGCGCCUCCUGGCUGGGAUCCUUCAUGCAGGGAACAUCGAGUUCAUGACGGCCGGAGGAGCGCAGGUCUCCUCCAAAUCAGCUCUCAGCCGGACAUCCGACCUCCUGGGGCUGAACUCAGAUCAGCUGGCCGAGGUUUUGACCCACCGGUCCAUGAUCCUCAGGGGCGAGGAGAUCUCCACACCACUCACCGUAGAACAGGCGGUGGACUCCAGAGACUCCAUGGCCAUGGCACUUUAUUCUCAGUGUUUCAACUGGAUCAUCCGCAAGCUCAACAACCGCAUCAGAGGCAAAGAGGACUUCAAAUCCAUCAGCAUCCUGGACAUCUUUGGAUUUGAGAACUUCGAGGUCAACCGCUUUGAGCAGUUCAACAUCAACUAUGCAAACGAGAAGCUCCAGGAAUAUUUUAACAAGCACAUCUUCUCCCUGGAGCAGCUUGAGUACAACAAGGAGGGCCUGGUGUGGGUUGACAUCAACUGGAUGGACAACGGGGAGUGUCUGGAUCUGAUCGAGAAGAAACUGGGUCUCCUGGCACUGAUGAACGAGGAGAGCCACUUCCCCAAAGCCACAGACGACACCUUACUGGAGAAACUCCACAGCCAGCACUCGAAAAACUCUUUCUAUGUGAAACCACGUGUUGCCGUGCACUUCUUUGGAGUCAAGCACUAUGCGGGAGAGGUGGUGUACGAUGUGAGGGGGAUGUUGGAGAAGAACAGAGACACUUUCAGAGACGACAUCCUCAACCUGCUGAGGGAGAGCAGGUUGGACUUUGUCUACGAUCUGUUUGAACACGUACUGAGCCGAAACAAGCAGGACACCCUGAAGACCAGCUCCAAGCGCAGGCGGCCCACAGUCAGCUCCCAGUUUAAGAAUUCCUUGCACUCUCUGAUGGCCACACUCAGCACUUCCAACCCAUACUUUAUUCGAUGCAUCAAACCAAAUGCAUGCAAGAUGCCUGACCAUUUCGACCAGACGGUGGUUCUGAAACAGCUCAGGUAUUCCGGCAUGUUGGAGACGGUCAAGAUUCGACGCACCGGCUUCCCCGUCCGGAGACCUUUCCAAGACUUCUGCUGCAGGUACAAGGUGCUAAUGCGGGGCGCGUUGAUGCCGGAUGAUCCCAGGGGGCGCUGCCUCCAGCUGCUGACCCACUACGACAGCAGCAGUGCAGAGUGGCAGCUGGGCAAGACCAAGGUCUUUCUUCGGGAGUCUCUGGAGCAUCGCCUGGAGAAGCAGAGGGAGGUGGAGGUGAUGAGAGCAGCCAUGGUCAUCCAGGCUCAUGUCACGGGCUACGUGGCCAGGAAGCAGUACAGGAAGCUGCUGCGGUGCAUCGUGGUCAUUCAAAAGAACUACCGGGCUUUCUACUGGAGGAGGAAGUUCCUGCUCCUCCGCUGGGCAGCGCUCACCUUCCAGAAAUGCCUGCGAGGCCAGCUGGCCCGCCGGGCCUACAGCCAGCUGCUGGAGGAGCGGAGGAGGAGAGAGGAGGAGGAGUGCCGCAGGAGGGUGGAGGAGGAGAUGGAGAGGGAGAGACGGAGGCUGGAGGCUGAGAGACUUGCCAGAGAGGCUGAAGAAGCCAGAAGACUGGAGGAGCUGCAUCAUGCUGAGGAGCUCGCCUCUCAGGUUUUGGCUCAGUCGCAGCCUGCACUAGCAAUCGCAACGUCAACGGACACCCCAGAGGAGCUGGAGUCAGCAGAGGCCUUUGAGGAGGCAAUUCGUCCUCAUGAAGCAUCUCAGGUGGAGGAGAUCCUACGACUGGAGCGGGAGAUCCAGGCACUGCAGAGGCAGAAGGAGCGUCAGGAGCUCUCCCUGACCGAGGCCUCCCUUAACCGCCUGCAGCAUCUCCGUGACCAGGAGCUCAGGCGGCUGGAGGAUGAAGCCUGUAAGGCAGCGCAACAGUUCCUCGACUCGCUGAACUUUGAUGAGAUCGACGAGUGCGUGAGGAACAUUGAGAGCUCUUUAGGAGUCGGCGAAGGGGAAGAAAAGGAGAAGGACAGUGGACGGAGGAGAGGUAAUGACGAAGAAGAGGUCGACGAAGGGUUUGGGGCCGAUGACGAGGCCUUCAAAGACUCCCCAAACCCAAGUGAACACGGCCACUCAGACGGCCAGCGGACAAGUGGGAUACGAACGAGCGAUGACUCGUCUGAAGAAGACCCAUAUGCCAAUGACGGUGUAACGCCACCACUGCCGCCAACCACCUUGCUUCACCAGCCGCUGCCUUUACCACCUGUCCCAGCCUGCCACAGCGCCUCGUCCAGUGGGGACUCAGCCUACUGCCAUCCCCAGGCUUCAUCUGAGGCUCAGUCCGAUGACCUGGUGGAGCUCAUACCGCCAGACGAGGAUUCGGACUACGACCAGGAUGACUACGAUGAGGGGGCCAUCGUGUCCAGUGGCAGUGUGGCAUUCUCCAACCCCUGCAGCGGACAGUGGUCUCCUGACUACCGCGGCUCUGUAGGCACCUACAACAGCUCAGGGGUUUACCGCUUCAGCUCAGAGGGGGCUCAGUCAUCAUUUGAGGACAGCGAGGACGACUUCGACAGGUUCGACACUGAUGACGAGCUGUCGUACCGGCGGGACUCCGUCUACAGCUGCGUCACGCUCCCGUACUUCCACAGCUUCCUCUACAUCAAAGGCGGUCUGAUGAACACGUGGAAGCGGCGCUGGUGCGUUCUGAAGGACGAGACCUUCUUGUGGUUUCGGGCCAAGCAGGAGGCUCUGAAGCAGGGCUGGCUGCACAAGAAGGGGGGAGGCUCAUCUACGCUGUCCCGCCGAAACUGGAAACGCCGCUGGUUCGUGCUGCGGCAGAGCAAGAUCAUGUACUUUGAGAACGACAGCGAGGAGAAGAUGAAGGGGGUGCUGGACAUGCACACCGCCAAAGAAAUCAUUGAUAACACCGGUAAGGAGAAUGGAAUCGACAUUGUGAUGCCAGAGAGGACCUACCAUCUGAUCGCAGAAUCUGCCGAGGACGCCAGCCAGUGGUUCAGCGUGCUGAGUCAGGUCCACGGCUCCACAGAGCAGGAGAUCAGAGAGAUGCACGAUGAGCAGGCCAACCCCCAGAACGCAGUGGGAACGUUGGAUGUGGGGAUGAUUGAUUCGGUUUGUGCGUCAGAUAAUCCAGAGAGGCCAAACUCCUUCGUCAUGAUCACGGCGAACCGCGUGCUGCACUGCAACGCUGACACGCCCGAGGAGAUGCACCACUGGAUCACGCUGCUGCAGCGCUCCAAGGGAGACACCCGCGUCGAUGGGCAGGAGUUCAUCAUCCGAGGCUGGCUGCACAAAGAGAUGAAGAACAGUACCAAAGCCUCACUGAAACUGAAGAAGCGCUGGUUCCUACUUACCCACAACUCCCUGGACUACUAUAAGAGCUCAGAGCGUAACGCCCUGAAGCUGGGAACGCUGGUGCUGAACAGCCUCUGCUCGGUGGUUCAGCCGGACGAGAAGGUCUUCAAAGAGACCGGCUACUGGAACGUGAUCGUGUACGGCCGUAAACACUCGUACCGCCUCUACUGUAAGCUGCUGAACGAGGCCGCACGUUGGGCCAACUCCAUCCAGAACGUCAUCGACACCAAAGCUCCCAUCGACACGCCGACCCAGCAGCUCAUCCAGGACAUCAAGGAGAACUGUCUGAACUCAGAGGUGGUGGAGCAGAUCUACAAGAGGAACCCCAUCCUUCGCCACAGCCACCACCCGCUGCACUCGCCUCUGCUACCACUGCCCUACGGGGACAUCCACGUCACCGCUCCAAGACACAGAAGCUACACAACUCUCCAGGACGAAGCACUCAAGGUGUUCAGCUCUCUGCAGCACUUGGAGGGCGUGGCCGACCCAGUGACCAUCAUCCAGGGCAUUCUGCAGACCGGCCAAGAGCUUAAACCGCUGCGGGACGAGCUGUACUGCCAGCUGGUCAAGCAGACAACACGGCCGCCGCAGCCAGGAAGCCCUGGGAACCUCUGCAGCUGGAAGAUCCUGGCCUGCAUGUCCUGCACCUUCGUCCCGACCAGGAGCAUCCUCAGAUACCUCAAGUUCCACCUGAAGAGGACUCGAGAGCUCUUCCCCGGCACAGAGAUGGAUCGUUACGCCGCCUUCGCCCUCGACUCCUUGAGGAAGACCCGAGCCAGGGAGAACGUACCAUCGCAGGAGGAGAUCCGCUCCAUCGUGGCGCGACAGGACAUGAGCACCACGGUCCACUGCCACGGGGGAGGCUCCUGCAAGAUCACCAUCAACUCACACACGACUGCUGGAGAGGUUGUGGAGAAGCUGAUUCGCGGCCUGGCCAUGGAGGACAGCAGGAACAUGUUUGCUCUGUUUGAACACAACGACACCACAGAGAAAGCCAUCGAGAGCCGCACAGUGGUGGCCGACGUGCUCGCCAAGUUUGAAAAGUUUUCGGCGAGCCCAGACGAACACAACACCGGCUGGAAGUUUUACUUCAAGCUCUACUGCUUUUUGGACACAGACAAUGUUCCCAAAGACAGUGUGGAGUUCGCCUUCAUGUUUGAGCAAGCCCAUGAAGCUGUCAUUCGUGGUCAGUAUCCGGCCCCUGAGGAGACUCUUCAGUUCCUGGCGGCCCUGAGACUUCAGUACCUCCUGGGCGACCACAGCUCCCAGGCCAACGUCCCUGAAAUGUCCCAGGUGUUCCCCAUGGCGCGAUUACGGGCCCGGGUGCAAAACUCGGCCAAGGCAUUCACUCCAGGCACUGGCUCAGUGGCCGAGCGCUCGGGGACGUCAGAGAGGAAACGCUCGAGCUUCCUGGAGGGAACCCUCAGGCGGAGCUUCAGGAGCGGCUCGAUGAGUCGGCAGAAGCUGGAGGAGGAGAACAGCCUGGAGGCCUGGAUGAGGGAGGAGGCGGCAGCGGUCAGAGCCAGCGUGAUGGACAAGUGGAAGAAACUGCAGGGGAUGAACCAGGAGCAAGCCAUGGUCAAAUACAUGGCGCUGGUGAAGGAGUGGCAGGGAUACGGAUCCACGCUGUUCAACGUCGAGUGUCGGGACGGAUCGUUCCCGUGCGAGCUGUGGUUGGGCGUGAGCCGGGAGGCCAUAUCGGUGUACAAACGAGGGGAGCUGUGGCCUCUGGAGGUUUUCCCGUAUGAACAGAUUCUCUCCUUCGGAGCCCCGUUGCCCAAUGCCUACAAGAUCGCUGUGGAGGGCCGAGAGCUGGUCUUCGAAACCCAAAUGGUCAUGGACAUCGCCAAGCUGAUGAAGGCCUACAUCAGCAUGAUCGUCAAGAAGCGCUACAGCAACUGUCAGUCCGUCAGCAGCCACGGCAGCCAGUGCAGCGCCUGGUGAAGUUCGCCCUUCGACUUUUGACCUUAUGGCCAUGUGCCGGGGGGCCGCAGGAGGGUCGAGCGCGGCUGCCGCCGGCCGUACGUGGACGCUCAUCCUCGUACAUUUUACUCUGUGAAUGCUGGAGACAAACCGCAAUGCUCUUAAUGUUAACCAGAUCAAAUGAUUUUCUUUUGACUGGUUUCAUUCCAAAACACUGCACAUCCACACCUGACAGAUCGGAACUUUAAAAGGAGGACAGUCAGCAACCCUUUCAAGGUGGAAGGAUGGCCUGUUUUGUUGCUGAAACUUUUGGAGUCGACAAGAAUCUGCCCUGCUAAAGUGUCCUCGAGCGAUGACCGCCAAACCCUUUACCAAAAAGGAGAAUUUCCCCGCUGUGAUCGAUGGGGAAUAUCUUUGUUGAAUUAUCCAAAACCGUGGACGUUGUGGACAGGGCAGUCUGACACUGUAGUAGGUGCUGUAGAUAAAUCUUCAUCUAGCACGCUGGAAAGCUAACCAGGAAGUGGAUGAAACCUGGAAAAGUUGUGCAUCUCUUUGUUGAAAUGGUUUUUUUUUGUUUUGGUUUUUUUUAAGUUUAAACGGAGUUCGAGAUAUGGUGACCUUUGUGGCUGGUAAGCAAACCCACAACAAGAAACCACCCGAAAACCCUAAUUAUUAAGUCUAGGGAUGAUGCUCAUAAUCAAGUCAUCCCAGUGCAGACAGGUCAACAACCGGAACUUAGGUGGAAUCAAAUAUGUAUUGAUGAGAGCUUGUGAAAACAAACUACUAGAAUCAUGUGACUUUCCCUGUAUUUGGGCAGCGUAAGCCUACAAUGCCUGGUGAUUGUCACCAGGUGGGGAACAUUUUUUGAUGAAUUCUUCCCCUUAAAGUGGUCAUUGGUGGCCUCACUGUCCUUAUGCCAUUCACUCAGUUUAGCAAUUACCAUUGGAUUACUUCAUUUUAAGACAACAAAUGGAAUGAAGGCUGUUGAUCUAGUAAAUCAAGGACACAAAUUAAUUCAAUACGAUAAAGUAAGUAAUUAAAGGGUAUAAAUUAUCCUUGAGGAAGCAAAGUAUAUUGACAAGAACAAUUUAUCCAAACUUUUCCUCCUGGCACCCAAAUACGAAAAUCCAAAUCCAAGUUUUCGACUGUUUCUCUGACCAAAGAAAAUCAGCUGAAGGUUCAACACAACCUUGUUUUCUCAUACGUUCACAUUCGGUCGGAGUUUACUCUUAAAAUGUGGCCGUGUCUCGUUUUGGAAAAAGUUCAUUUCUUCCCCAAUCAAGGCCCGUUGUUGCAGGGCGGGGGCGUUUGUUACUGAGGUUUCUGUUCGUGUAGCUACCUGUGUGAGUGAGCGAGUGUGUGAGCGUGAGUUUUAAGAGAGCUGUGUCUACAGGGCGUCUGAAUGUUAAAGAAAAAAAAAAAGAAAUGCAGGGAUGAUGGAGAAAAGAAAGUAACUAAAGCUUUCACGCCUUUUCCUCUGCUUUAACUCUUGGACUGGGCCGUCUACAUUGUAUUUACUUUCUCCAGGAUGAUCUGUUCACUGUAAAUAAUAUGCAGCUGUACUUGUCUCAGAUAUUUCAAGUUUUUGAUGGUUUUGUUGAUUGAUUUGCUGAUGAUACGAAGGUCACGCAAGUGCCUGUUCAAACUAAAGCAGGACGAACUCUAAUCAGAUUUUUCUUAUUGAUGCCACUCUUGUUCCUGUGUAACUAGAAUCGGAAAGGUGCUCCCACGUUCCCUGUAACUACCAAUUUACUUGUACACUGCAAAAUCUGUCCACCUACGCAAAUCAUUCAAGCUAGAGUAUGAAAUCCUGUUUUUUUUCUGUCACGAAACAUUUAUUGAAUCAAGAGGCUAAAUGAUGUAAUGUCAAAGAUACUGAAGGUAGACAGCAGACUUCAGCAUCAGCUAAGACACACAUUUGCCAAAGGGGUCGAACACUAAGUCCUACGUGAAACCGUGUAUCGCAACAACACGUAGGUGCAAACAUUCGCAAACUUCCCAAAACAAAUCUGAAUUCCGGCAAAUACAAAUUCACAACUGUGAAGAACUUGAAAUUGUUCAACUUGUAAGAGUCGGUUGCACCAGUCGACCUCAGCUGGCAACAAGUGGGAAUGGCAACAACACAGUACGCAUUCACCAAAUUCAUGGGAUUUUCUAUCCAGCUUUGAUAUUUUGGCCUCCUGUAACAUGUUGGGAUUUUUUUUCUGGUAUAUCAGAGUAACAUGGAAAAAGAUGAUUGCUGAUGUACGCAGCUAUUUUUCCUCUUUUCCAGUCUUUAUUUUAUCUCUCUGCACCUGCAAAACACUUAAAAGUGUGCAGGAGCCACAAACCAUGACAGAAAGAGCAAAAUCUUCAUUUUCAUUGAGGUCUUAACAUCUAUCACAGUUGUGUGCUUUAAAACAUGAUGUGGGCCUCAAAUCCUGUUUUUUACUGCGGUCAUUCAGGUUUCAGUUUGAAUGGCUUGUUCAGCUGGACUGUUUGCAGCAUAACAUUCCUUCAACAUUUCACUGGAGCUCCGCGGGCGGCAGAUCCAUCCAAAGACGCGUGUGCAGGUUUCUUCCACAGUGCCUUGCUGUAUAUUGUGUACACUUACUUUGUUUUCCAUGUGUGGGUUCCUUUUUUCGUAUAAUGUGCAAUGUUCUAUAUAUUAUAUAAUCCCGUGGCUGUACAUUUUAUACUGUAAGUCUUUGCCUUCUAUUGUUUUUCCUGAAUGAUGACCACAUGGUGAUUUUUCUCUAGACAGCCAUCCAACUGACAGUGGAUCUUAAAAACAAUACUGGUAACUUGUUUUGUUUUUUUAAUCUGUAUUAGUUGUUUUAUGUAUUGAAAGGAUGAUUCUAACAAUAAAUGGUUACA